AUGUGUUUCGACGACGACGACGAAUACAGCUACGAAUCCAGGACCGAAAUCCGCAAUGGCCGUACAUACCACACACGAGACUACUACCCGCGCUUUGGCAUGUCUUUUCGCCGCAGGUUCGGAUUAGGUGGCUCAUACUAUCCUUCGCGGUACUACACUCGCCCGCCUGCCAGCCGAUACAGGAGCAGUGCAUUUGCCCAUCCGAACCGGUACUCUCAGCGCGUCGGCUACCCUAGAGGCAUCGUCGCCGGAGGAUAUGCUCGGGGUGUCGUCCCAGGCGGAUAUUCGCAAGCCAUGGUGCCUCGAGGCUAUGUUGGAGCCGGUUAUCCUGGAUAUUCUUCUGGGUAUGGAUAUGGAAAUGGGUAUCAAUCUGGCGGUCACAUGGCUAUGCCGACCAAUGCCGCAAUGGCAUACCCAAAACCCCGCUACCAAUACAUCUACAACCCCCGAUACGGCCAGCGCGGCCUUCUCACUUACGCCGGCCAAGUGCCCAAUGGUGCCGCACCCGCAGGCGUCAUAGGCGGAUAUGGCUACGGAAUGGGCUACGCAGGCGUCGGCGUCGGCAUGGGUGUAGGAGCUGGAUACGCGGCGGGUGCAUAUCAACCUGCGGUAUACAACGCCCGUUCUUACUACCCCCAACCAUAUGCCGCCGCCGCUGCUGCCACUCGCUGCUACUAUCCGUCCAGCUACUAUUCCUACCCUUAUUCCUAUGGCGGCGGUGGCGGCUAUGGCUACUACAAUUACAACUUGUAUGGCUCGCUGUAUCCGCUUGCUAACUUCUAUACCCCUUACCAGAGGACCAUCUAUAACACGGUGCCAAACUACGGCUAUACGGCGCAUGUCUACCCGCCCGGGGCUACUACAACUACCACGACAUACCAUGUCACCAACAGUAGCGCGCAACCCUAUCGCGCUCCAAACCACGUGGUCAGAGAGACGAGACCCGCGUACGUCCACGGUCAUGGAGCCCAGGGUCUGACUCGUGAGGAUAUUCAGAUGGAGAACCGCAGGAUCGCUACCGAGCGCGGUGCGUAUGAUCCCCGAAAGAUCAGGCCGGCCGAUGCGCGCGACGACGAUCCGUUUUGGUGCCGGGAAGUCAACGGCGAGUGGCACCUCCGAUCGUACUACCAGAUUGAGAACGAAUGCCAUCCUGGUCGGUGGAUGAUGGACGCCGAUAUGGGCUUCUUGGUCUUUCAUCGUGCGUAG